UACAAAUAUAUCUUCCAUUGCGGAAGAAAAUGGCAGCCGGUGGCAAGCUGGAAAAUUUUUUAGCCAUAAUAUUGCACUAUGAAACAGUAAAAAUAGUAGACAUUAAAAAUAAAAAAGUUGGCGCACUAUAUAGAUUUAUACAGCUUGUUAUUCUUGCAUAUAUUAUUGGAUAUGUUAUUGUUUACAAGAAAGGCUACCAAGAAGUUAGUGAUUGUAUUAGUUCUGUAUCGACCAAGCUGAAGGGAACUGCAUAUGUCGAUUUUAAAGAUUUUUAUUCACCACUAUUUCAAGGGAUUCAGGUUUACGAUCCUGCAGAUUAUGUUAUUCCAGCGCAGGAAAACAAUGCAUUCUUUGUGAUGACCAACAUGAUUAUUACACCAAAUCAAACGCAAAGCAAAUGUCCAGAGGAUCCAAAAUUUAAAGAUAAUUUGUGCACAACGAAGGAUGACUGCGAAGCUCUGGUACCUGUUAAAAAUGGAAAUGGGGUUAGGACUGGAGAGUGUGUAAAGUCAGAUCGUAAUUCAUCGAUACAUGUUUGUGAAAUAUAUGGUUGGUGUCCUACCGAAAUUGAUGAGUUACCUAUGCCUGGGUACAACUUUAGCCAUUCCAUACCUUUAUUGGAUUUAGCAAAAGAUUUUACAGUGUUGCUGAAAAACCAAGUUAGUUUUCCAAAGUUUGAUGUGCAAAGGAGAAACAUUAUCACCCAUAACAAUAGCAACUACUUAAAAAACUGCACGCACGGUCCGGAUAACAGAUUGUGUCCAAUAUUCAAGUUGAGUGAUAUUGUGAGUGCUUGUGGUGAAAACUUCACACACGUUGCAUAUCAGGGUGCAUCCUUUGGUAUAAUAGUCAACUGGGACUGUAACCUCGACCACUCUAUUGAUUCCUGCUUACCUAGUUAUCGGUUUAAAAGACUAGAUGACCCUACUGUCCCUAUAGCACCAGGCUAUAACUUCAGAUACGCUCAACAUUAUGUACAGAAUAAUUCACGCUACAGAAUACUAACGAAGGCUUAUGGAUUGAAAUUUGAAAUAUUAGUUCAUGGAAAAGCGGGAAAAUUUAGUCCAGUACCUUUGUUUACGAAUCUUGGAGCUGGACUUGCUCUUUUGGGAAUAGCUUCAAUAUGGUGCGAUUUCAUUGUUAUGUAUCUGUUGAAGAAGAGAAAAGUAUACAAAGAACACAAGUAUUUGAAAAUAGAGGAUGAUACCCCCGUCCACUCUGAAGAUGAAUACGAUGUUCACGAAGAACGAAAGCCUUUAACGUUGGAGGACUAAAAGGCGGUGCCAGCUUAGCGCAUGUAUUGUAAAGUGCGAAUUAAAAACGCAAAAUAAUGAUAAAGAAAUGGAAAUAAUUAGAAAAGUAUUUAUAAAUUUUAUAAUUUUUUUGGACCCCUCCAAAAGUAAUUUGCGUUAUUAUGUUUUUUUCUUUUUCUCCUUUCUGUUCGUAAUGUUUUUUAUUUUUUUCUUUCUUGCAGUAGUAUUGUUAUUUUGGGGAAAUAAAGACACACAAUCGAAGGCUUUUUAUAAGUUAACUUUUAUUAGGGCCAAACUUAUUUAGAAUUGGAUUUUGAUAUGAAAACAUAAUGUCAAGCCUCGGGUAUUAGAUAAUAAUAUGUUAGCAUUUAGAUGAUUUUUCUCUUUAUAACAUCGUUAGCAAGUCGAAAAGUGAAAAUAUUUUUUUUCUACUCGACUAUAUUUGUAUAUUUUUAUUUUUAAGGAUACUGUAAUACUUAUAGGCCUUAUCUUUUUAAAAAAAUUCGGCAUAGUUGAUAGAGUCUUAUAAAUUUUUUUUACUAAUCAGGUCAUAAAAAAAUCCAUUUUUUACGACAUAUAGGAGGCUUAAAAUUUUCGACACAUCCCUCCACGAUACGUAAAACAGGCGGGUUACGCGAAAAAACGAGCCUACUUAAACAAAGCAUUGUUGCUAUGACAAUGCAGAACAGAUUGAUGGAAGGUGUUUUUGUGAAAAAAUGAAUGUGUAGAUUAUUGGUGACUUGGAAAAAAGUAAUUUAAACCAUCUUUGAAACAAAUGUUUUUUUUUAUAUAUAUCUUUUUUAUCUUAAAUAUUGGGAGAUUAUUUUGUAAAAAUAAAUUUGUAUUUCUUAAAUUUAAGAAGAUAUAUUUAUUGUUAAUUUUU